AUGAGUGCGUGCGGUAUCACAGGGACUUAGGGAGGUCGUGGUUGGUUAGUUUAGCACAUUGCUUGCAUUUGCUGCGCGAAGAGCGCGUGUAGUUCGUUAUUAACCAACGGUGACUAGAACUGUCACAUACGAGACUACACCCGGCCACAAAAUGUCAAACCGAGCAUGGGUAACACUGGCAACGAACGACUCAUAUGGUCUGGGAGCCUUGGUACUGGCGCAUUCUUUGCGUCGCGUCGGUUCAACUUAUCCGGCCGUGAUUCUCAUCACACCGUCCGUGACUGAUGCUAUGAGAGAUCGCCUUCGCGCAGUAUUUGCUGAGGUCAUUACCGUGGACGUGUUGGACUCUCAAGAUGCAGCACAUUUAGCAUUACUGCAGCGGCCAGAGUUGGGGAUUACCUUUACAAAAAUCCACUGCUGGAACUUAACACAGUACGAUAGAUGUGUGUUCCUGGACGCUGAUAUUCUGGUAGUCCAAAAUUGCGACGAAUUGUUCGAAAGAGAAGAAUUGUCGGCCGCCCCAGAUGUGGGUUGGCCAGACUGCUUCAACUCAGGAGUCUUCGUCUUCCAGCCCUCCGCAGACACCUUCAGUAGAUUGAUCAAUUUCGCGCAGGAGCGCGGCAGCUUUGAUGGAGGUGACCAAGGACUGCUCAAUUCGUUUUUCUCUAGCUGGUCAACAGAUAAUAACAAACGCCUACCUUUCCUCUACAAUGUUACCUCAGCCGCUUUCUACUCGUACUUGCCCGCUUUGAAACAUUACGGGCAAAAUUUGAAAAUUCUCCACUUCAUCGGUCCAGCCAAGCCUUGGCUGCAGCACUACAACUUUGAAUCUCAAAGCGUAGACGCGCCGGAGCAUUUGAAAGGAUUCCUGCAACUAUGGUGGGACUUGUUCACUUCCCAAGUUCACACUCAGCUCGAUGUGUCUAUGACUGGUGUGGCUGGAAAUUUGGCACGAGUACAACCUGGCACACCUCUACAAAGAGAAGCAAUAGAUGAGCUUACCAGACGCCAGGGUUGGGAGUCAGGCAACAUUGAUUACAUGGGCGCCGACUCAUUUGCUAACAUUUGGGCUAAAAUAUCCCAAACAUUAAACGAAGCACCCUCUUCGCCACUUAAGCAGCCAUCACCCCCUAAAGAUUCUCCACCAGCGUUAGAGGAACCGGCUAAAGAAGUUACUGAAGAGUUAGCAGAAAAAGUAGCUGUAACAUCACUUUCCGAUGUCCCUGAUAUACCAGUUCCAGCGAGAGAAGCAAUUAACGAAGCAGGUAAAAUGAGUGACACAUCUAGUUCAAUAACUAUUCCUCAGAUAGUGCCUGAGGCUUCUAUUACAGAAGCCGAUAUAAAGACUGGAUCUUUUACGGUGCCUAAUGAGACAGUGGUAGCCGCUGAAAUUUGUCAGUCCCUCGAUGCAAUUCCGUCCGCAACUUCUGAAGGAGAAACUUCCCUUCAAUCGUUAGGACCAGAAAAAGAUGUAGCUAAAACAAGUGCCAUUCUGGUUUCUUCCCCUGUAUUGCAUGAAACAGAACCUUUAGAACCCACAUCUUCUGAAACCAAGGAAGUGCACGAAGUCAAACAAAUGCAUGAGAAUGACAUAUCCAAAAUCGAUUCAGUUUCAGAAAAACCACUCGAUGUGCAUGCUGCAGAACCUGUAUCGGAAAAUCCCAUAGAUUCAUCUACACCUAUUGAACCAGUUCCUAUAAAAUCUUCAGAAUCGGCAUUAGAACCACCACUUGCUGUAUCCCAAGAAGAUAUUGUUCCAACUGUAAUUAGUGACGUGCCUGAAUCCAAACCAGUACAAGAACCCAGCGAUUCCUCUAAAGUGGAAUGUUUAGUAGAAGCUCCCGAAUCGAAGUCUACACCAGAAACUGAAUCAAUUCCUAGUGUUGUGCAUGAUUCCAAACCAGCACAAGAACCCAGCGAUUCCUCUAAAGUGGAAUGUUCAGUAGAAGCUCCCGAAUCGAAGUCUACACCAGAAACUGAAUCAAUUCCUAGUGUUGUGCAUGAAUCCAAACCAGCACAAGAACCCAGUGAAUCAUCUAAAGUGGAAUGUUCAGUAGAAACUCCCGAAUCGAAGUCUACACCAGAAACUGAAUCAAUCCCUAGUGUUGUGCAUGAAUCCAAACCAGCAGAAGAACCCAGUGAUUCAUCUAAAGUGGAAUGUGCAAUAGAAGCUCCCGAAUCAAAGCUUGUUCCAGAAAUCGAAUCUAUUCCUAGUGUUGUGCAUGUGUCCAAACCAACACAAGAACCCAGCGAUUCCUCUAAAGUGGAAUCUGCAGUAGAAGCUUCCGAAACAAUGCCUGCGCCAGUAAUUGAAACAGUUCCUAGUGUUGUGCAUGAAUCCAAGCCAGCAUCAGAAACAGAUGUGCCGAAAAUUGAAGCCAUAAAUCCUAUUUCACCCGUACCAACUGAAGCUGCCAGUCCCGAGGUGCCAGAACCUCAAGCUCCAGAAGCUGAUAUUCAAAAGCCACAAGUAACCUCUCCUUCCGACACCCCGAAGUCAGAAUCUAUUUCCGCGCCUGCUGAACCACAGCAGGAUAAAAUUCCAGACAAAUCGGAUGCUCCUGCUUCCGACAGUCCUCCCCUAGCCAACACCCCAUCUCAAGAAGAAAUACCUAGUGUCACUGCUGCCAAAUCUCUCGAGGAGGCAGCCCAAGAGACGCGGCUUUGAUACAGGCCCUAACCGAGCUUGCUCUCUAAUGUGACCGCCAUACUAACGCCAAGUCUAACCGAAAGAGAGAAUAAAGGCGGGAAUAAAUUGGUUGUGUAGUGGAGGAGCGUCGUAAGCCGGCGGGGAAGUUGCAGCUGAGGCC